CGCUGUGAGGCUACGGUGCCUCUGGUGUGCUUGGUGGAGGACAAACGUGAAGCAUGGAAACUAUUAUUGAAUGUUGUUACCAUUAGUCGUCGAGAUCUAAGUUCCACAUUUUGUUAAUUGAAUGAUAGCACCGUGGCAGGUAUAGAGUGGGUGUUUGGCACAACACAUGUGGACGUGUCAUGGAGCCUUCAGUGCAUCACAUCUGGAAGAGACUCUCUCACCGUCUCCACAGGACCCUAAUCCUUCCAAAGAGGAGCAAUUCAGGACAUCCUGAGCAUGCAGCUGUCUCUGCUUCCAGUCACUCCAGAUGUAUCAAGCCCUCCCUUCUGGUGUCCCGGCUUUACCAGCCCUCACACCUGCGUGAUGUGGGACAGGACAGCCGGCUGGCCGGAGAGAUGACCUGCAAGAGCCAGAUGCUCAUGCAGCAGGCGGGGCUCAUUCAUCCAUCCAACCCAGGCUGCUACUACUACCUCCCUGCCAUGGUCCGCUCCAUGGAGAAGUUGGUGCGGGUGAUUGACCAAGAGAUGCACGAGAUUGGUGGGCAGAAGCUGGACAUGCCCAGUUUGUGCUCGGCUGAUCUCUGGAAAACUAGUGAGCGUUGGGAUUUGAUGGGAAAGGAGCUAUUCCGUCUGAAAGACCGCCACGGCGCCGACUACUGCUUGGGUCCGACACAUGAGGAGGCUGUGACGACCCUCGUUGCUCACCAGGCAAAUCUCUCAUACAAACAGCUGCCUUUGCUUCUUUACCAGAUCACCCGCAAGUUCAGAGACGAACCGAAGCCAAAGUUUGGCCUUCUACGGGGGAGGGAGUUUUACAUGAAGGACAUGUACUCCUUUGAUGUGAGUGAAGAAGCAGCUCAUCACACUUACAGAUCUGUGUGCCAAGCGUAUAUGCGGCUCUUUGCCCGGUUGGGCCUGCGUUGCGUUCAGGUGAACGCAGACACGGGAAACAUCGGUGGUACACUCUCCCACGAGUUCCAGCUGCCGGCAGAUAUCGGCGAGGAUCGGCUUCUUGUCUGUGGAGACUGCUCCUUCUCUGCUAAUGUGGAGACUCUGUCACUAGACAGAACCGACUGCCCGCAGUGUAAAAAUGGCAAACUGAUAGAGUCAAAGGGAAUAGAGGUGGGUCAUACGUUUUACUUGGGUAAAAAGUACUCCCACAUAUUCAAGGCAUCCUUCAGCAACCAAGAGAACAAGCCGACUGUUGCUGAGAUGGGUUGCUAUGGGCUUGGGGUGACCCGCAUACUCGCCGCUGCCAUUGAGGUUAUGUCAACCGAAGAAGGGAUCUGCUGGCCGGGUCUUAUUGCCCCUUAUCAGGUUUGUGUUUUACCUCCUAAAAAAGGAAGCAAGGUGGACAAUGCAGUUGUCUUAGCUGAGGAACUUGUUCACACAGUAGGGGAAGCUAUUCCUCAUCUGAGAAAUGAGGUUGUUCUUGAUGACCGCACACAGAUGACCAUUGGAAAGAGACUGAAGGAUGCCAGCAGAUUAGGCUACCCAUAUGUUGUCGUAGUAGGACAGGCAGCUCUUGAGGAAACACCAAAGUUUGAGGUGAUUUGUCAGAAGACGGGUGAGACAACAUUUCUCAGUAAAGAAGCAGUGCUGGAUCUACUGGGAGGAGUGGAAACUGUAUGAUUAACACCUUUUUUUUAAAUCUAAAGACCUUAUUGCUCACAAGGAUUGAAACUCGCUGUUGAAACGAUAUCUGCAUAUUAAACCUUGGGUGUCUAAAGUAUUUGAUUAUGAUGAUAUAAAUAAAAAGGGGAGUCAAAGC